AUGAGCAGGCUCUCUGAUCAGCAGUUGCGAGCACAGUGGCUCAGCAAGGCGACCCCUGACCAGCGCCAACAGUGGUUCAACAAGGCGCCGCCAGAUCAACAACAAUGGUUCCGCCAAAUACAACGUGUUAGACAGCAACAAGGACAGCAGCAGCAAGUACCGCGCGAGAGCAAAUGCGGCCCGGAGCCCUUCUAUCAACAGCCUGAACGGAGCAAGGUCGUCUACCUCAAGCCCACUCGCUGGUCCCUCAACGAUGGCCACCUCGGUGACUACCGCUUCGCCUCCGAGCACGACAGCAGUGCGAGCAUCGAAAAAUGCAUCCUCACCUAUGCGAAACGAAAAUACAGCGACGCUGGGCGCCGCCUCACGUAUUCCUAUUGUGCCACGCUCGAUGCAGUCACCGAACGCUAG